ACUCACUCAGUCACGAAAGGUGUGUCACCGGCAUGACGUCACGCCCAUACCUGAGUUUCGGUGAGGGAAAAAAGGGGGAAGGACCGAGCCGAGUGGAAAACAUCCGCGCCUGUUCUUGGUCCGCAGUGAGUCCCGCUGCUGCUGUUAAUGUUCACCGGAUUCCUCGUCUGUGAUUAUCGGUGAUCGAUGACCGUGUUCACAGGGAGAGGGGACGCGGAUUAGCGGAGGUCAGACUGCGGACGUCUUCUUUCCCGGAGGUCGAUUCUCAGGCCGAGAAGAAAACACCUCGUUCACUUCCUGGUUCGCCACAGUCAGGAUGUCGGUCACUCCUCGACGUGUCCGCUUGAAGCCCUGGUUGGUGGCGCAGGUGGACAGCGGGCGCUACCCGGGCCUGGUGUGGAUAAACCGCGACGCCAUGCGCUUCCGGAUCCCGUGGAAACACGCGACGCGGCACACGCCGCAGCACGAGGACGAGGACACGAUAUUUAAGGCGUGGGCCGUGGAGACGGGGAAAUUCCAGGAGGGAGUCGACGAACCUGAUCCCGCAAAGUGGAAGGCCCAGCUCCGGUGUGCGCUGAACAAGAGCCGGGAAUUCAACCUCGUCUACGACGGCACCAAGGAGGUCCCCAUGAAUCCUCUGAAGAUCUACGACGUCUGCGACAUCCCACAGCCGCUCAGUAACCAAGCCUCUUCAGACGCUGGCUCUUGGACUCCACAUGAAGAGAACGGUGGUGAGGAAGACGCUCCAGAUACACCAGAGUCCCUUCCUCCGUACCAAUCCAAUGGUCCCAGUCCGUCCCCUCUCAUCAUGUGGUCUCCGAUGAGCUCGGACUCGUCCAUGCAGCCGCCAAGUUGUUCCUCUUCCAACGAGGCCUGGCCCAAAGAAGAGCCCGGUAAAAUCUGGCCUAAAGAGGAGCCAGUGGAUGUGGAGAUGCAGCCCACACCCAUGGCGGACAUGCCCCCCGCUCCUCUAGCUGACCCCAUCCUGCAGCCCUCUCCUCUGACCGAUGCCUUGUUUGCCUCGCCGGAAACAUGGAUCAGUUCUCUCCCGAUGACAGACCUGGAGGUGCAGUUUCAGUACCGGGGAAAGGAAAUGUGUCCCACGAUGACCGUCAGUAACCCCCAGGGCUGCAGGCUGUUCUACGGGGACCUGGGCCCCAUGGUCAACCAGGAGGAGCUGUUCGGGCCGGUGAACCUGGAGCAGCUCCGCUUUCCCACCACGGAGCACAUCGCCAACGACAAGCAGAGGGUCUUCACGAACCGCCUGCUGGAUGUGAUGGACAGGGGUUUGAUCCUGGAGGUCAGCGGCCACGACAUCUACGCCAUCCGCCUCUGCCAGUGCAAGGUGUACUGGUCCGGCCCCUGCGCUCCAAACCCGGCCGCGCCGAAUCUUAUAGAGCGACAGAAGAGGGUGAAGCUCUUCUGCCUGGAGUCUUUUCUCAGCAGUGUGAUAGCACAACAGCGUGGUCAGAUGCCGAACCCCCCUCAGUUUGAAAUCAACCUGUGUUUCGGAGAGGAGUGGCCUGAUGGAAGACCCCGAGAGAGGAAACUUAUCAUGGUCCAGGUGAUCCCAGUGGUUGCCCGCAUGAUAAGCGAGAUGUUCUCCGGCGACAACACGCGAUCCUUUGACAGCGGCAGCGUUCGCCUGCAGAUUUCAGUCCCCGACAUCAAAGACAACAUAGUGACCCACCUCAAGCAGCUGUACUGCCUGCUGCAGACCCACCAGGGCCAGGACGGCUGGGCGCUGCCCCCGGGGUCAGGUCUGAACAUCACUCAGGCUCUGCAGGCUCAGUGAAACCAUCCACACACACACACACACUCGCCUGUAUCUACUGAGAGCUACAUUAGUGUAGCAAAGAAGUACUUAUUGUGAUCGUAUUGAGACGUGUGCACGGUGUAGUGUAGGAUGCUUUUCCUCUGAUACGACAGUGCUGUACAUAGAGGCCCCGCUGUAGUCUUGCAUUAUUUGUGCAGGAAACCUCCCGCGGGCCAAAGUCCUCGUCGCUCGCUGCAAGGGAAUAUUUAACAUAGUUAAUGAGUUACAGAAAUUGCCUUGUGUGCUCUAUUUAUCCAAAAAAAAACAGGUCAGUGAUUACCAAACUGUCGUUCAGGAAAAUUGGGCAAAAUGCCUUUAUAUUUUUUGAUCUUCCCAAAGCUUAAGAAGUGACACAUCUGUUAAGGGGUUUGUUUGUUUGUAUGAUUUAAGAGAAAAGUUUCCCUGCUGUUUCAUGUUAGGCUUUCAAAGAUUUUUAACAUUACUGUAGGGGAGGGGGGAGAAAGUCUUCCCUGCAGUUUUGUCUCAAGUCAUUUUAUUUUUUUUGUCAUUUAUAUUGUAGCAUAUUACGUUUUCAUAUCUUUUGAUUUUUAAGCCUACUUCAUGUACGCUAACCCGGCAGCCAUUUAACUAAAUCACAUUCAGCUACAGGGAUCUGUUUCAGUAAGGACGCCACUGCACUUUGGGGGGAGCUGAAUGUUGUUUUAUGUUUAGUUGAAUGAAUGUAAGUGCAUUUAUCAUGUGAUUGUAUCUUUAUUUUAUCAAUAAAAUUGCCAAAAUAA